AUGAAUGGCUUUCUUACGCUUGGUUACCAGCCACUGUAUGAAGACUAUGGACCAGAAACACCCUCGGACUGGCAGAAAUUCAGCCGCGGAUAUACUGUGAUAGCUCCAUUCUGGACAAAUAUUGACUCUACAAAUCUUACCGGAGGACUUGAUGUCCAUCUGUUUGAAUAUUAUACCAAUUACGGUCAAAAUGACAGCCAACACAGAAAUCUUUCACGGCUUGGACAAAUGUUUUCAAAUUAUCUAAACCUCACUGACUUCAAACCACGAGUAGCAAUUGUAGCCACUUGGCGUAACGUGACAAAGUCGUCAUACAUAGUACCUGUCAGACUGAUUAAAACUCAGAACGCAACAAUGCAAGUGAUACUAAUUUCUGAUGGUAUAUUUUCCUAUGUAAUGUUUAACUAUGACCAAGAACAGUGGUCGCUCAAAAUGGACAAAAAUAUCCCAAGCUCUGCUGGUUUCAGUCUACAAGACAAAACUGGAUUCAUAACGGCAACCAGCAAAAAUGUUAGUCAGCUUAAUAAUGGAACAAACGUUAAUCCAGGUCUUAAAGGAAGAUGGAUUUACAACGUUACUAGAAACGACCUUGGUAAUAGUGCAACUUUGCGAAACGAAUCGGAAUGCUUCGCAUUCAGACAAAAUGACACGAUCAGGAUUUGGAUAGAGACACGACGGGCUUUAGCGUAUCCAUGUCCCUGUAGUGAGCAACAGAUGCAGCUUGAUUAUAGCUAUCACACGGUGAACCCAAUGUAUAAAGACUCACAAUCGCGGACGACUUGCUAUGAGGCCUGGUUCUUUAACAAUGAUGGUGUGAAACAAACGUGCUGUUAUAGUUAUGGUGCCUUGAAAAAAGAUGGAACUGGUGGUGGCUUUGCAACGUUUGAGAAGGAUCCAUAUGACACCAUUCAAUACUUCUACGCAUGCUGCGAUGAAAAGACUGACAGACACUUGUGUCACCUUUUCUACGAAAUGAACCCGUCUGACGAUUGCUCUAUGUUCCAGCCUGCGGACGAGCCCAUUGGAAGAUACAGGCGCUCACUUAUCGGAUAUAUGAGAAGCGGAUCUGGUAAAUUAUUUGAAACCUUUUCAACAUUCAGUCUAAUACUUUUAAUUUACAUAGUAUCAUAGCCUCAUUUGAAAACAUUGUUAUCUUCUAGAUCUCUCUAUCGUACUCUAUCAAUCGUUUUAAUAGAUUCAAUUUUCGUUUUAUUACACUUUACUUAUUAAGUUCAAGUCAAAAUAACUUGACAAAUUAUUUUUCUUUUUCUUGCUAUUUAUAUGGCGAUUUUGAUUGUCUUUGAACGUCUAGUAGUAUUUUAUGUUUUUGAAAUCCUAAAUUAAAUAAAUACUUAUAUGAAUUGAAUUUCAGAGUAGCAAACAGUGUAUUCAAUUUUCUUCUCUUGAAUUCUAUCUUAACAGACUUAUAAAAUG